AGUUGUGUAAACAAAGCCUUAGCAACAACGUUUACCUCAUUGUGCACUUAAUUUCCUCUUCAAUGUGAUAUUUUUCGAAACUUCUUAUUUAUUUUGCUACAAUUGAAUAUAAAUUCACUCAAAAAAAUGUCACUUCAGUUAAUUGAAACAAUUUUUUUUUAUAAUUGAAAAAGAGAAUAAUUCACAAUUAAAAUGUGACUUUGUUAUUUUGUGAUAUGUGACUCACAAGUUGACUAUAGUCAAGUUGAAGCUACAGAAACAUUGAGAUAUACGUAUUUACAUAUACAUAUAAAAUUGAAAAUGUUGUUAGUCUCAAUGAAUUCCUCGUGGGAGAAACAUCUUUAUCAACAAACAAAAUUUCCCGCGAUUUUUCAUUCAAUGUGAAACUUUCGAAUCUUGUUCUUUUUAACUUUAAUUCCCAUUAGAAGAUUUUUCUUUUUCAAAUAAAAAAUGGAUGAAAAAACAAUUGAUUCAAUUUUUGCGGGAUCUUUAAAAUCCUUGCCGCCAGUCAGUUCGAAAAUUGUCCGUAUUUUUACGAGUUCAACAUUUACUGAUACGACAAUGGAGAGAAAUACAUUGAUGGCACAGUGUUAUCCAAAAUUAAAGGAUUAUUGUCGAGAAAAACAUGGUCUGGAGUUUCAGGUUGUGGACAUGAGAUGGGGGGUUCGAGAUGAAGCGACUGAUGAUCAUAUGACAACAGAAUUAUGCAUGAGAGAAAUUGAAAAUUGUCAACGAUUAUCAAUGGGUCCAAAUUUUGUGGUUUUUUUGGGUCAAAAAUAUGGUUACAGACCAAUUCCUACUUAUGUUCUGAGUUCAGAAUUGGAAAUGUUGAGGACAGAAUUGGACAGUCAGGGAAUGGACGUUAUUGUUUUGGACACUUGGUAUAAAAAGGACAGCAAUGCAGUUCCCCCCACCAGCAUUUUACAACCGAUAUCUUCAAUUUUGAAAAAUUUCAACAAUAAAAGAAUUCCAAAAUUACAACAAGAGGAUCAGGCAAUUUGGUGGGAUACAAUGUGUAAAAUGCAAAAAUUAUUUCGAAAAGGAGCGCAGUCACUUUACAAUAAUGGAAAAUUUGACAAGGACACAAUGCACAAUUAUUUCAUGUCUGUAACCGAACGUGAGGUAAUCAACGGAGUAUUGAAUGUAAAAAAUACAAAAAAUCACUGUUUGGCAUAUGUUCGUUACAUCAAUAAUAUUAAUUUGCAAAAUUUACGAAAAGCUGGAUUAUUCCUGGACAUUCUAAAUAGAAGUUUAGAUAAUGAGGCAUCGAAAUUGUUGGCGGAUCUCAGAGACGUUCGAUUAUCAGAUAAAAUCGAAAGCGUAAAUUUACAAAGAUAUACAGUAGAAUGGAUUGGACGCGAGGGUUUAGACACGGAAACGCACGGAGAAUAUCUCCAACAUUUUAUUACCCAUUUUUAUCGAAAUAUGGUAAAACUUAUCGACAGAGCAAUGCGAAAGGAAGACAGUUCCGCUCAGGGACAAAUAAUUACCGAAAUCUUACAACAUUUGCACGCUUGCAAUAAUUCCGUAAAGGUAUUUUAUGGUCGCGAGGAUAAUUUGGAGAAAAUUAAAGCCUACAUGCUGAAUAAUGAGGAGAAACCAUUGGUUUUAUAUGGUGAGGGCGGUUGUGGGAAGACAUCUCUUUUGGCAAAAAGUGCUGGACUAUCGAGUAGUUCAUGGCUCUUGGGCAAGAAGCCAAUAAGUAUUAUUCGAUUUUUGGGUACAACACCCGACAGUAGUGCGCUGACGCCUACAUUAAUUUCCAUUUGCCAACAGAUAUCCUAUAAUUUUAUGCUUCCGUUUGAGGACAUUCCUGACGAUCUUGUACCAUUGACAGCACAUUUUAAGUAUCUAUUAACACUAGCAACUGCGGAGCAACCAAUCUUAUUGUUCUUGGAUAGUGUCGAUCAAUUGACGGGAACGCAGGGAAAUAAAUUAUCCUGGCUACCGACUCGUCUUCCUACAAAUUGUAAGAUGAUCCUAUCUUGCGCCGCCGAGGAGUCGAAUCCAGUAAUUUCCCGUGACUAUCAUCUUCUCAGGAGAAUGAUCGACACCGAGGAAUGCUUCAUCGAAGUAACAGCACUAGGUGAAGAUUUAGCAAUGGACGUCAUAAGAAUGUGGAUGAAAACAGCCCAUCGUGAUCUAAACAAUUACCAAUGGCGUCUAGUAGCGAAUGCAAUAUCAAAAUGUUCGUUGCCAAUUUUUGUGAAAUUGGUAUUCGCGGAAAUAUGCCGUUGGCGUAGUUAUACAAAACCGGCGGAUACACAUUUAGCGAGUACAGUGAUGGACAGUAUAAUGAUGCUCUUCGAGAGAAUUGAGAAGCAGCAUGGAAAAAUUUUGGUAUUUCACGCUCUCGCUUAUAUAACGGCGGCAAAAUCGGGACUCUCUGAAUCCGAAUUAGAGGAUUUAAUAUCGCUUGAUGAUAAAGUAUUGGAUGAUGUUUAUCAAUAUCAUUUACCACCUGUGCGUAGGAUACCGCCAUUAUUGUGGACGAGAAUUCGCAAUGAUUUGCCGAAUUAUCUAAGUGAACGUGAGGCAGACGGUGUUAGUGUAUUGAAUUGGUAUCAUCGUCAAUUUCGCGAUACGGCAAAGGAGAGAUAUUUCAAGAAUAUGAAUUUGGCUACGUAUUUUCAUUCGAUGAUUGCCGAUUAUUAUUUGGGUAUUUGGGGUGGCGGACGACCCAAACCGUUCAAGUAUACCGAAAUUCAGCGUCAUCGAUUCAAUUUAACCGAUAAAGAAGGAGUUGCCGACAGAAAAGUUCCAGAGCAACCAUUGGCAUUUUAUUCCAAAGAGGGAACCAUUUCACGAUAUAAUUUAAGAAAGUUCGGUGAACUACCCUAUCAUUUAGUGAGGGCACAUAGAUUUAAGGAUCUUUUUGAAAAUGUUUUAUUCAAUUACGAGUGGCUACACGCAAAAUUAAGUUCAUGUCCAUUGCAGGCUGUGCUAUCAGAUUUUGAGGACGCGUGCAAUAAUAUUGAUGAUCAAAAUUUAGUCAGGGAACUGAUGUUAGUUGCCGAUGCAUUGAGACUUGGUGGGGCAAUUUUGGGUAAUCAUCCCGAUAUGCUUGCACCGCAAUUAGUGGGGAGACUUUUACCGGAAAUCGGUAAUAAUGUUAAUGUGAGAAUGUUAUUGAAGGCUUGUGAUGCAGAUGGCGUUAAGGAUUGUUCCCUGUUACCCCUGUAUCAUUGUCUUCAUACCCCAGGUGGUCCUCUAAAGUAUUCAUUGGAAGGACAUCAAUUUGCGGUUUUUGGUUUUUGUUUAACGUCUGAUUAUCGAUACGUGGUAUCGAUUUCAAAUAGAUUUAUCACUUGGGAUUUAAGUACGAGUGAUAUGACGAGGGAUGUUAAUCCUGGUGUCGAAGGAAUUAUGCAACAAUUGGUAUUGAGUCCUGAUAAUCGAUAUGCCGCUUCUUUUACUAACAACAAUCAGACGGUUGCUUUAAAUACAUUGACAAGUGAAUUUGUAAUUAUUGACAAUCCACUACCAAACGAUGAACCAGUCAGUGGAAUUUAUCUUAUGAAUCAAUUUGUAUUUAUUUUUGGUAAAAGUGCUUGGUGUAGAUUUGAUUUAAGAGGCAAUUUAUUGGCAAAUUUUACAAGUCCCGAGGACACAAAUCAAUGGUCCAUUUUGGAAAUUGAGUACACGACAUUGGACGAGUACCGAAUUAUUUUCUGGACCGGAAAUCUUGACGAUCCACUAAUGUUGUUGCACACUUACAGAAAAAAGGGAACACUGGAAUCUUUUCAUUAUCACAGUGCAAUGGUUAUGACAAAUGACAAAAAAACACUUUAUGCAUGUACAACAAAGGAAAAUUAUCGAGUGACAAAAUAUUUCAUUGAAGAAACAUCAUCGUAUUGGGAAAAAAUUUCAGACAUGCCACGAACAAAUAAUGAUGAAAUUGAAUAUAUUUUACAAUUGAAAUUAGACAAGGAGGAGGAAAUUCUUUUGGCAACAACUGGAAAUGGAUUUGUCGUUUGGUUUUUGGAGAGUAAAAGUGACGCUCAUGUUCUUUCAUUGCCAAAUGGUGUGCGUAAUAUUCGAACAAAAAUGAUGAAUUCAAGUUCAAUUAUGAUUAGUGGAACGAAAAAUUACGCUGUCGCUGGUGUCAGAAAAAAUUUGUACGUUUGGAGUUUGGAGACAACUGAAUUGGUGAAAAUAUUAGACGCUCAUUUCGCGAGAAUUAUUCAAUUGGAAGCGUUGACAAUUGGCAAUUGGAAUAGUGUGAUUACUUCAAGUAUCGACAGAAGCGUUAAAGUUUGGAAUAUUAACAAUAUUUUCGAGCAAGUUCACGUUAUUGAUAGACACGAAUUGCAAAUCGAUUCCAUAAGUUUAGCGGAGCAUUGUAAUUUGGCAGUGACUGUAACGAGGGGCUGCGUUGGAAUUUGGGAUCUACAAUCGGGAAGAUUAAUUUCCAAAUUAGCGGAUAGUCCACUUGGGGCAAUUGUUACACACGCAAUUAUCACUCCGGAUGGAAGGUACAUUGUUUCAACGGAAUCGGGAAAUGUUUUAAUUUGGAAUCGAAUUACUGAACAAGUAUUAUUUAAAGACGAGCAAACGUGUGUGAGACAAUUGUCAUUUAUUGAAGAGGCUACGAAAUUUAUUGCCGUUUCACGUCCAACUAAUUUACCCGGUGUUGAAAGUACAAAAACAACGGCCACUCUUGUCACAAGAAAUAUUCCAGACGGAACACAAGUUUUCAGUUUCGAGUACAUUGUACGAAGUCAAACGGGAAUUCCAUUUCGUCAAGUUUCAGUGACAUCGGACGGGGCAUUUUUUGUUGUUCCAGCCGCCGACAAAGGGAGUCGUGAUUGUAUAAUUGUUUAUAGCGCAAAAAACGGAACAUUAAUUAAUAAAAUACAAGUCAAACUUCCAGGAUUUAAAGAUAUUGUCAGCAUUGUUCCAAUGCCAAAUAAAUCACAAUGGGUGGGAAUAAUCGGUUCAGAUAAAGGAAGUAUAAUGGACAUUGGGAAGAAGAAAAUUAUUCGAACAAUUCCAAAAUGGAGUGGAAAUAUAAGCAAGGAUGGAAAAUAUACUUUAUACGCUCCCUCGAGAGGUGGGUUGGAACUGAUUGAAUUAAAAAAGGGGUCAACUGUAAAAACUUAUAUUUCAAAAGUCGCCGAGGGAGUUUUCACUGUAAUUUCAAUGUUUAAUCGAACCGACGAAUAUGUUCUUUAUUAUCACAGUGGACGAAAAACAAUUCGAGUUUUCAGAUCAUCAGAUUGUGAAAUGAUAGCAAAUUAUCGCGUUCAAGCUGAAUUAAGUGCAAUCGACAGCACUUACGAUGGAAAAAGUAUUGUUUUGGGUACAGUCGAUGGUUGUGUAUCAGUUUUGGCGAUUGCCGAUCCAAAAAAGCCCGAAAUGAAGGAUUAUCUCAAAAAUUUACCCUCACGCGAUGAAACGUGGAAGAAAAAAAUGGAGAAGAAACGAGCUGCGAUAAAAUUUAAGGCGGCCGCAAGAAUUGCAACCGUUACUAAUGAUUUACAUAAUUUUCUACGCUAUGGAAAUGCAAUUGACGACAAUUAACAGGGCUAACAAGAAAAAAAUUCCUUAUUAUUACAAUUACCUAAUAUUUUUUUCUUAAUUAAAAAUGAAAAAUAAUUUUCUCUUUGCAGUAGAAAAAUUAUAAUUAAAGAAAUUAAAUUGAAAUUAUUUUUUUUUAAAUAUUUAGUUACAGAGACUCGAACCUAUGAUAUUUUUUUAAUAGAAAAAACGAUUCCUUUAACCACGAGGCUAGUCUUACAAAGUAAAUUUUAAUUAAAUAUAAUUCAAGAACAUUUUAUGAUUGAAGUAACUAAAUUAAAAUAUAAUUAAAGAAAUUAAAUUAAAA